AUGCGCGCCUCUACCAUCGCCAAGGGCUACACCUUCUACUUGGGCACUGGCCCUACUAUGACCGUCAUGGUCCAGCCUGAUGGCGCUACCGCAUUCGCGAAGCGCGUUGUCAAAGCUCACACAAAUCCAGAGACUGGUUCGUACGAGCUCACUACGUUCCUCGAUGAGCCUGGCAUGGGUCAUCCCACCGAGACUGCCUACCCGGCUGUCACUGUCCUUACUUCUGAGGUCUGCGCCCUUGUGACCACCCAGAUGUGCUCCGCCAUCGAGGUCACUCAGACUCUCAGUGCUUCUCAGCCGAUGAUCACUGAGACCGCUGGCACCACCACCUCCAUCUUGGAGUCUGCUUCGUCCUCUUCCACCAAGAAGACUAGCACCUCCUCCGAGAUCAAGGAGACCUCCACCUCGGUCUCCAUGACUAGCACUGGCACCCAGACUGUCGCCACUCCCACUGCCUCGUCUGAGGCUUCUCAGACUGAGAUCAUGGUCUUCUGCGCCAUCGCUGGUGCAAUCAUCAUGUAUUUCCUUUAA